AGUAGUGGGGAACAAGUCUAUAUGAAUCAAUUUCCUUCCAUUGCUUUAAAGGCCGGAAAAGACUUGUCCAGAUCUCACAAUACGCAUUCAUUUCCAAGGUGUGACGCAUAUACAAAUACUGAACAUAUUUCCUUCUUCAAUACAUACACUUUCUCAAUAACUUCAACCUCUUUGAUCAUCUUCAGUUCAUAUCUGUUCUAAAGUCACUUCUUUCUUCAAGCUUUUGUGUCAACUUGACGAAGUAUCAACUUCAGAUCAAUCUUUACACUAUCAGCAACAACAAGUCUUGCAUCAAGCAAGACAACUCGGAAAAAUGACGAUUAUAUCACACACAUCCUGGCGCUGGAAUGGGGACUCUCACAUUCCAUUUUGCUAUAUGGAUACAGCCGGCAUGGUUCAAUCUAUGAAUCCCCAAACAACAACAUCAGCAGGCUUAGGGAGAGCAACCGUUGCUGCUCCCAUCAUGCCAAUAAGCUCUUAUGGUGGCAGCACUUUCAACAUGCCCAAUAGCCAUCAACAGAUUCAACAGAACUCAUAUGGUUUCACGUCUUACAAUGAUGGUAGCUUAAACACUAUCAUCCCAACUUACGGAGCCAAUUACAUUCAGCCACGACCUCUUCCCGGCAUGAUGCAAUCUUUUGCUCCUACUCCAAAACAGGCACCUUUCAACGGAAGCAACCGACGAGGAUUUGUGGGAAGUACGCAUCAAAAUCAAAGUCCUCAAAUCAAACCUGAACCUUCAUGGGCAACACCUGCAGGUCAAAAAUCACCACCGAAAACACAAUCAACCCCACCACCUAGCAAAGACAUGAAUCCUCUUCCUUUGUCUGGCUCUGAUGAGGCACACAUUGGGAGCACAGCAAUUGACCGACUUAUGAAAGUCAUUCAAACUAAAGCACAAACAUUGCAAACGCAAUUACCACCUAUUCCUCAGAUUACAACUGUGGUAGGUGCACCCCACACCCUCUCUCGACAGGAUUCAAUGUAUCGAAGAUUUCAUGGAUAUGAAAAAGAAGAAAAGCAAAUGCUCACAUCUGGUAAGGCUUCGAGUGAACCAGGACACUCCAAGAGAAAAGAGAAGAAGUAUCCAUGCACUUUCGAGGAUUGUCCAUCAAGUUUCCCACAGAAGACACACUUGCAAAUCCAUCUCCGGAAGCAUACUGGUGCAAAACCAUAUACAUGUAGCUGGAAAUCUUGCGGUCGACAAUUCUCUCAGGCAGGAAACCUCAAGACGCAUAUGAAUCGUCACAGUGGCGAACGACGCUUUUCUUGCGAAAUAUGUGGCAAGCGUUUCGGACAACCAAGCAAUCUGAGUGCUCAUGCAAUCGUUCACACUGGCGAAAAACCCUUUGAAUGCAAACUCGACGGAUGCGAGAAACGUUUCACACAACGUGGUAACCUCAAAACUCACCACAACAACUUUCACGAGCAAACAAUUGAAAAUCUCUUGUUGAAACUUGAAAGCGGCGAAUUCGACCUGGAGGCUAACAAAGAAUUCUGGUCUUACUUCAUAGAUCUUUACAAAAACAGUAACAAGGGCAUCAAAGGACGAGGCAAAGAUAGAAACAUCAGUCCCCGAAGUCGAUUAUCCAAGAGCGGCCAUGCAAGUACUGGCACAAAUGCUAGCAGUUAUAUCUCGUCUAACAUGCGAAGUUGUCAUGGACUCAUGGGCGUGGAUGCAACCUCACCAUUCAGUAGUGAUGUAACGAUGUACGAUUCCGAUGCGAGUCUGAGGAGUCAUACCAGUGGAAGCAUGAGUGUACAUAGUAGUUAUGGUUCUGUCUCCAGCGAUGGAACGGCAUCUACCUGCUCAAGUUCCUCAGACGAAAUUACCUCAGAUUAUGAGGAUCAUCGUGGUGAAAACUCAAGAGGCGGAUUCUCUUUUGGAGAGAGGCUGUACUAAGCUUCUGCUAAUAGUUCAAGACAAGAAAGCUCGGGGAUUGGUGAGGGGAGGGCGAGCACAUAUAACAAACGUACAAAGUUACGAGAAAUGCAAGUUACGAACGAGCAGAAAAACGAAAAUGGACGAAUGGUAGAAAACUAUCUUCAUCAACACGACUAUCAUUCUCAUCAUCAUUAUCAAACGACCGCGCACACGACCAUCUACAAAAAAGCGUUGUAUUUUUACAGCACCAGACCGAGUGCCUACCCAUCACUUCUGUAUCAGAAGUAGUUUAUCUGGACAUUUUUCUUAUUUUUUUAUAUCUUUCAUUAUCACAAUCCUUUCAUUCUUCCAUUUUUCAUUUUUUACUCAUUUUUCCCGGGUGGUACAGUCAAUACAAAAUCUUACAAACUGCGGAUAUCAUGUAUUUCUUAGGAAGGGCAGGGAUCUUUGUAUUUUGGGCAGACAAUAGUGGAACGGGGAGAUAUUAGUAGAUGUAUGAGGACAGAAUGGGAGUGGGGCAAAGGGAUGGAGUAUAUCUUGUAUGGAUAGGUUGAGGAAUCGAUGAGGGGGGGAAUAAGUGGAGAGAAAGUGGGAAAGGAGAAGUACAAUAUUGAGUAUAAUUAUCACAAUAGUUGAUAGUCAGAUAGUCAAGCGAAUUAGA